AUGAGGAUAUCGCCUUUCGAAAUCGACGUAUCCGAUGCCGAAGUUGAGCGUCUAAAAAGGAAGUUGCAAGACACGAGAAUCCCCAACGACCCCAUUGUUCCUGGAGCCGGUAGCGACUAUGGCCCUCCUCUUGAAUGGUUUCACCGUCUCUACAACAAGUGGCGUGAUGAUUUCGACUGGUUGUCCGUGCAAGAACAUCUCAACCGACAUGACCACUUUCUCGCUGACAUUGAUGAUGAGAGUUUCCAGUUAAAAGUACACUUUACGCAUACCAAGUCUGCAAGAGCCGAUGCCAUUCCUCUUAUUAUGGUUCACGGCUGGCCGGGCUCGUUCCACGAAUUUGACCGUGUAGUCGACGCCUUUGCCAACCCCAAGGACUCUUCGGAACCAGCAUUUCAUGUCGUGGUGCCAAGUCUCCCUGGGUUCUGCUGGUCUGCUCCGCCCCCUCGACGGGGUUGGACCUUACAAGACACAGCACGCAUCUUUGACAAACUGAUGGGCCAGCUUGGUUAUACGCAUUACGUCGUGCAGGCGGGGGACUGGGGAACGUUUGUGGCGCGCGAAAUGGGGGCCAAGUUCAAGGCGUGCAAAGCUGUCCACCUGAACUUCUGUCCGGUCGAACUGGAUGACAGCGUCACAGACCCUACACCGCGCGAGAUGAAGAUCAGGGCACGGUAUCAUGACUGGUUGGACAACCACCUCGGAUACGCCGUUUGCAUGCGGACCCGUCCACAAACCAUCGGUGUGGCUCUGAAUGAUAACCCGGUUGGAAUCCUCGCGUGGGUCGGCGAGAAAUAUAUUGAAGCGGUGGCACCUGCAAAGGUCGAGACCCCAGAUCCGGCGUGGGACCAGGCCAUUCUCACCACCUGCUCUCUGUACUAUUUCACCGGCUGCAUCAUGUCUUCGACCCUACCGUAUUUCGAAGGAGUCAAGCACGCGGAUUUUGGCAGUUUUUUCCUGAAGCCAGAGAACUACAUUGGGGUUCCUAUGGGCUUCACCAGCUUUCUCUAUGACACACGGCCUGCCACGGAAAGAAGCGUGAAGAAGACGGGCCGGCUCGUGUUCUACAAUGAGUGCGACGAUGGUGGCCAUUUUGCUGCACUGGAAAGGCCGGACAUUAUUCUCGCUGACUGCCGCCGGUUCUUCGGCGAGUGGUACAGGGCUUGA